GACCCCCCACGCGUCGCCUCCAGGCUCCAGCGAGCCCUUUUACAAAUGCCUUCCGUUUGCCGAAGCCCAGUUUCCUCUGCAGACGCACGGCAGUGAAGGGGGGUAACCGAGACGGACGGAAGCACGGCGGCCGAGCAGCGCGCGUCAGCAGGGGAGCAUUUCCGCCGCAUCGACUCCUUCCCACUCGCCUAGCGGAAUUUACUCCGGAAACCCGCGCGCUAAACGCCGAGCUUCGGAUUCGAGGAUCCCGAGUGACUCGAUAGGGCCACAUUCAUUCAGGGCUUUCAAGCAAAGAGAGAGCGAGGGACGACGUGGACCAUGGAGCCUGCCCAGUCAGAGAUGAACAUCUUAUCCAAUGGGAAAGGUCACGACCUGGGUGAUGAGAUGUGUGUCCCAAUGAAGAUAAUGUCAGAGGAGGAUCAAAACGGCACUCAGGCGGUCAGGUUCGAUGACGCAGACGGAACCCUGGAGAGCGAAGAAUUUUUGCCCAGUGGGGAUGGAAAGAAACCCAUACGCUUCACAGACUUUGAAGGAAAGACUUCUUUCGGUAUGUCUGUGUUCAACCUGGGCAAUGCGAUUAUGGGCAGUGGAAUCCUGGGAUUGGCCUAUGCCAUGGCCAAUACUGGCAUACUCCUCUUCUUGUUUCUUCUGUCUGGAGUGGCAGGCCUCUCAUCCUACUCUAUUCACCUGCUGCUGAAAUCCUCUGGCAUUGUGGGGAUUCGGGCAUAUGAACAACUGGGAUUCAGGGCCUUUGGAACUCCGGGCAAAAUGGCUGCCGGCAUUGCCAUCACCUUGCAAAAUAUAGGAGCCAUGUCCAGCUACCUUUACAUCGUUAAGUCCGAGUUGCCGCUGGUCAUCCAGGCUUUCUUGAAGGCCGAUCCCAACUCUGAUCUGUGGUAUAUGAAUGGAAACUACCUGGUCAUCAUGGUGUCGGCCUGUAUCAUUUUGCCUCUCGCUCUGAUGAAGCAGCUGGGUUAUCUUGGCUACACCAGCGGAUUCUCCCUCAGCUGCAUGGUCUUUUUCCUCUCAGCGGUUAUUUUUAAGAAGUUCCAAAUUCCCUGUCCAUUUGAGGAGUUCACCGCCAAUAGCACCGCUGCACACGUCAACUUAACUACCUCGACCCACAGUCACGAGUACCAUAAUGGCUUGGUUCAUGAGGUGGAUGAUGCCCACUGCAGCCCACGCAUGUUCACCAUCAACUCGCAGACAGCCUACACAAUCCCCAUCUUGGCUUUUGCCUUUGUGUGCCACCCGGAGGUCCUGCCUAUCUACACUGAGCUCCGCAACCCCACUAAGAGGAAGAUGCAGCAGGUGUCUAAUAUCUCCAUUCUUGUGAUGUACACCAUGUACUUCCUGGCAGCUCUUUUUGGCUACCUGACCUUUUAUGAUAAUGUGGAGCCUGAGCUGCUGCACACUUACAGCCGAAUUGAUCCCUAUGACACGUUGAUCCUGUGCGUGCGAGUGGCCGUCCUUACUGCCGUCACACUGACUGUCCCCAUUGUACUAUACCCUGUGCGUCGCGCCAUCCUGCAGAUGUUGUUCCCCAACAAGGCCUUCAGCUGGCUCCGUCACGUCGCCAUUGCCCUCGUUCUCCUCACGCUCAUCAACAUGCUGGUCAUAUUCGCUCCAAACAUCCUGGGCAUCUUCGGCAUCAUCGGUGCCACAUCGGCCCCCUGCCUGAUCUUCAUCUUCCCAGCUGUCUUCUAUAUCCGUAUAGUGCCUAAAGAUGACGAGCCCAUGAACUCCACUCCUAAGAUACUAGCUGCCUGCUUCGCUGCUCUGGGCGUCUCCUUUAUGGUAAUGAGUUUGAGUUUCAUAGUCAUUGACUGGACAACAGGGAGCAGCAACGCCGGAGGAGGCCACUAGAGAGCCGCCUCCAUGUGCCUCGGCUUACAGAAGGGGAACGAGCACCGUUCAAUGUUAAGGAUGCACCAUCUGCUUUAUGGGGGCACACUGCGGGGUCCGCAUCACAGAGUCAAAGGAGUUGGGUAACUGUGCAGCAGUGGGCCAUAUCACACUGAAAACAACAACAACAACCAGCAAAAACACUUAACACACAUCUCAACAUGUGUGGGCGAGAUCUGCUUUGCCCCGACACUCUGUGAUCUGGCGCAGAGCAAAACACACGGCGGAGGCCGAUUAAUAAUUGGUAAGAGACGGUUUCUGAAUAGAUAGUGCACCCAAAGUCCAUCUACACGGUAGUCAAAACACGUUUGAGUCCCUUCUCAUUGAUCAACUCGUCCUUUUCGUAUCGCUUCGUCUUUAUUUAUCUUCAUCCGAAUUCUCGAUCGGAAAGCCGCGAGCCCUUCACACGUAACCCUCAGCUAGUACUGUAGAGAACCUGAGCAAGAGCCGAUGUUUUGGCGAGGAGAGGAACACAUCAAGAUAAACGAUAAGUGGAUAAAAGAAAAAAAAUGCUAUUUUUUUACAUAAUGUAUCUAUUAUUCUAUCUGGAGAGGCACAACUGGACAGAGGGAUACAGCAUAUAGUAUAUAUCUAUAUAUAUAUAUAUAUAUAUAUAUAGAUGUAGGAAAAAACUUUAAAUACAUAGCAGUACAAGCUUGUUUUGUGUGUCGUGCACUCAUCAGCUGCUAAUGUGAUUCAACAAAGACAACACACAGUAUGUGUUGCCCCGCGUCACCCCACUAAUUGCGGUGGGCAGCAGCCAAUGAGAGGAGAAAACAUUUGAACCAUUACAACCAGUGGGGUAGGCGGUUACGAUGCACAGCAACCACUGCUGGGGUAGAAAACAUUACA